AUGUCUGACGCACCAAGACCGAAAGCUACCGUGUUCGUCGGAGGUUUGACCUCUGCUGUCGACAGCCAUACUCUACACAACGCCUUCAUUCCAUUUGGUCCCAUCGUCAAUAUUUCACUACCCAAGCCGGAGCUACCAUCAAAUCCCGAACCUCACCGCGGCUUUGGAUAUGUUGAGUUUGAGAGCCCCCAGGAUGCCCAGGAGUCUAUAGACAACAUGGACCAGAGCGAACUUUUCGGUCGUGUGAUCAAGGUCAACCUAGCCAAGGAGCAAAAGGCCGAAGGAGAAGGCCUCGGAAGCAAAACUGCUAUCUGGGAACAGGAAGGAUAUCUUGCAAAGCACGCGGUCAGUGAUGAGGACCGUAUGGCUGCUCAAGGAGACGAAGACGGUCAAGAUGGCCCAAUGGAUCCUAUGCAAGGAUUGGAAGGUCUUGAUGUCGCCGGUCCUCAGCAAGCCUAA